GGUUUUGGCGAUUCGUCGACGAGUGCUAGUGGAGAAAAUACUUUCGAGGCAUUUAGAGAGCCUGUUACACAAGCCCCGACCGAGUGCUUCUAAGUUGCAGGCGAGUGUUUCGUGCCUGUCCUCCAAACGGGCUGAUUGUGAAGAAACUAUGAUACGUGGUGGUGAUUUAAAAUGCGAAUACGUGUGAAUCAGCGUGAACAAAUACCGAGCCGCAACAUGUCAAACGCUCAACUUGAUAUGCAGGACAAAAAAGACUUGGACAAGUUCACCAAAUUCCUUGCUCUAAAGGCGACGCAAAUCAUCGUGCAAUCGAGGUUAGGCCAGAAAGUUAACACGAAAUGCAAGCCGAAUUCAUCUGGCGCCGAUUGGUUCAAUCUGGCGAUACAAGACCUGCCCGAAGUUCUCACAGAAGCCAAGAGGGCUCUCUGCGGGGAAACAGUCAAUUCGAGGAUUCCUCUGUGUGUGGAAAUAUCUCUACGCACAGUCGAAGGAGACACCAUGGUCCUGGAGACAUGGAGUCUCGGCGUUUUACCGGAGCAAAGUGACCCUGCGAUCAGAUUAACUUACACGGUUUAUAACAGAAUGGGUACUCUAUUGAAGUCCUUACUCUCGGUGACCAGGGUGACGCCGGCUUACAAACUGAGUCGAAGACAAGGACCUGACUCUUACGUUAUUUGCUAUAGGAUUUACAUGGGGGAGCCACAGCUUCAUACGUUGGGUGAUAACUACAAACACGUCAGAGUUGGCCAGCUCUAUACUCCGGUUGGAACGAUCCAAUUAUCUGUAUCGUAUAGAACCAAAAUGACAAUUUCUCCUACUCAGACUGGUCGGGACAUUUUAAUGCUGAAGAGCGAUCACUUUCACUCAGAUCUUAGCCCAAGGCAUGCUCGCUACCAGCAAAGCGAAGAGAAUAAUACUUCCUUGAGUGACGUGAUAAAAGCUGGCGCAUUCGCAGUUAACAAGAAAGUGACUGUGAAUGAAGAGGAUCUGGUUAUACCAGAUGUUCCGUUUAGUUCUCUUCUGACUCCACGUCAGACUUCUCCACCGCCGAUUCCAUCUGCUGAGGAGCCAACAGUCCCGCCUCCGCCAGGAACUACUGCGCCACAAAUGGACAACAAUAAUGGCAAUUCGGAAAAAACGUUAAAUGGCAAUUCGACGCCGAAAUGUAAUUCGCAAAAUGGAUCGAGACGGAGCAGCUGUUCAAUGAUGAGCGCAAACGACGAUUUCAUUAUGGUAGACUUGAAAACACCAUUUGCUGGUACAAACACGAACAGUGAUCUUGGCACAUUUUAUAGAGAGUGUCAAAGCGCCCCGCAGCUUCAGGCUUUCACUGAAGAGAGAACACUUGCUGAGCAAGUAGGAGAUCUCACCGAGCAGCUGGAAACAUUUGAGACACACAUGCAUCAGUAUGAAGAUAUUUUAUCGUCGUUUUGUCACACAGAGAACAAUAACUGAAAUAAAUUAAA